AUGUCGUUACAGAAGCCGGAAUUGGGCGAGAAGGCGUUUCCACCGAUCUCGAAAUGCGAUGUCUCCGCCAUCAGUCACCAGUCAGUGGCGGCCGAUCUUGACGGAACUCUGUUGAAAGCGACCUCCGCUUUUCCAUACUACAUGCUUGUAGCGAUCGAAGCCGGCAGCCUCCUUCGCGGCCUUGCUCUGUUACUUUCGUUUCCGAUAGUUGCUGUCGCCUACAUCUUCAUAUCGGAGGCUUUGGCUAUACAGAUGUUAAUUUUCAUCUCCUUCUCCGGGAUCAAGGUGAAGGACAUCGAGCUUGCGUCACGCGCCGUUCUGCCGCGGUUCUAUGCGGCGGACGUGAGGAGUGAUAGUUUUGAAGUUUUUGAUAGGUGCGAGAGGAAAGUAGUUGUAACGGCGAAUCCGACAGUAAUGGUGGAUGCGUUCGUGAAGGAUUUUUUGGGAGGGGAGAAGGUGCUUGGAACGGAGAUCGAGGUGAAUGAGAAGACGAAAAGAGCUACAGGAUUCGUGAAGGAGCCUGGUGUUUUGGUUGGUAAAUGGAAGAAGCUGGCGAUCCUGAAGGAAUUUGGUGAAGAUACGCCUGAUAUCGGACUUGGCGAUCGGAAAUCUGAUCACGAUUUCAUGUCCGUUUUGCAAGCUUUCAUGGUGCCGAAAGACGAAUCAGCGACGAUAGUAGGCCGCGACCGCCUGAAAAGCCGAUUAAUCUUCCACGACGGGCGGCUAGUCCAACGGCCGACUCCAUUCAACGCCCUAAUCACAUACAUCUGGCUCCCAUUCGGAUUCAUCCUAUCCCUCAUCCGUGUCUACUUCAAUCUCCCACUCCCGGAGCGAAUCGUCCGUUACACCUAUGGCAUGCUCGGUAUUAAACUCGUAAUCCGCGGCAACCCACCACCAGCUCCAUCCCCCGGCACCCCCGGAAACCUCUACGUCUGCAACCACCGAACCGCCCUGGACCCCAUCAUAAUCGCCAUUGCCUUAGGUCGCAAACCCUUCUGUGUCACAUACAGCGUAAGCAAACUCUCACGAUUCAUGUCUCCGAUCCCCGCAAUUGCCCUAACCCGUGACCGGGAAACCGACGCUGCCCGGAUCAAAGAAUUGCUUCAGAAAGGUGACCUGGUUGUGUGCCCGGAAGGGACGACUUGUCGUGAACCGUUUUUGUUGCGGUUCAGUGCUUUGUUUGCUGAGUUGAGUGAUAGGAUUGUUCCGGUGGCUAUGGAUUUGAAGCAGAAUAUGUUUAAUGGGACGACGGUUCGUGGGGUUAAGUUUUGGGACCCGUAUUUUUAUUUCAUGAACCCGAGUCCGACUUAUGAGAUUACGUUUCUUGAGAGGUUGCCCGCGGAGAUGACGGUGAAGGGUGGUGGGAAAUCGGCGAUUGAGGUGGCGAAUCAUGUGCAGAAAGUUUUGGGUGGUGUUCUUGGAUUUGAAUGCACCAAUUUGACUAGGAAAGAUAAGUAUUUGUUGCUUGGUGGGAAUGAUGGGAAGGUGGAGUCCAUGUAUGGGAAAAAGUGA